AUGGCGAACCUGUACUUUCCGCACUCGAGUGCGCCCGUCAAGACGAUUCAGGAGAUCCAGUUUGGACUCCUGUCGCCUGAUGAGAUCAAGAGCAUGAGCGUGGCGCACAUCCAGUAUCCCGAGACGAUGAACGCAGAGAAGACGCAACCUCGCGAGUUCGGCCUUAAUGAUCCCCGUCUUGGCUCCGUCGACCGCCAAUUCAAGUGCAAGACCUGUACUGAGAACAUGUCUGAGUGUCCUGGUCAUUUUGGUCACAUCGAGCUUGCCACACCUGUCUUCCACCCUGGCUUCCUCAACAAGACGAAGAAGAUUCUGGAAGUGGUUUGCAACUUCUGCAGCAAGCCUCUGGCUGACAGGGAGGAUCCAGAGUUCGCCGCGGCUGUCGCGAUCCGAGACCCCAAGACCCGCUUCAACCGGGUUUGGGAAGCUUGCAAGAAGAAGAAGAAGUGCGAGAAUGCGAGUACUGCUAAUAAGAGCAAGGAUGAAGAGUUCGACCCCGACAACAAGCCCAAGCAAGUCGCUCACGACCACGGCGGCUGUGGCAAUGAGCAGCCUCUGAUCCGCAAAUACCCUCUCGAGCUUCGCCAGAGAAUCCAGCAGCAGAAGGAGGAUGGCGGAUCCUCAAAGGACGUUAUCGAGAAGCCCAUCAGCCCUGAGAAGGUGCUCGAGAUCUUCCGUAGGAUCAGUGACGAGGAUUUGGAAGACAUGGGCUUGAAUAAGGACUAUGCGCGCCCCGAGUGGCUGAUCGUCACUGUCCUGCCAGUACCUCCUCCUCCUGUGCGUCCAUCCAUCAGCAUGGAUGGUACUGGCCAGGGAAUUCGAAAUGAGGACGAUUUGACAUACAAGCUGGGCGAUAUCAUCCGCGCCAACGGCAACGUCAAACAGGCCAAGAAUGAAGGCUCGCCACAGCAUAUCAUCAACGACUUCGAGCAGCUGCUGCAGUACCAUGUUGCCACCUACAUGGACAACGACAUUGCUGGCACGCCCCGUGCGCUGCAGAAGAGCGGUCGGCCUGUCAAGGCUAUCCGUGCCCGUCUCAAGGGCAAGGAGGGUCGUCUUCGUGGCAACUUGAUGGGAAAGCGAGUCGACUUUUCCGCACGUACUGUCAUCACAGGUGAUGCGAAUAUCUCUCUGGAUGAGGUCGGUGUACCACGAAGCAUUGCGAAAACCUUGACGUAUCCUGAGACCGUCACUCCCUACAAUAUCGGCCGGCUGCAUAAGCUUGUCGAGAAUGGUCCCAACGAGCACCCAGGUGCCAAGUAUGUCAUUCGGUCAGACGGUACCCGAAUUGAUCUGCGCCACCACAAGCGCGCGAGUCAAAUCAAUCUGGAAUAUGGCUGGAAGGUCGAGCGACACCUCAUCGACGGUGAUUAUAUCAUCUUCAAUCGUCAGCCCUCGCUGCACAAGGAGUCCAUGAUGGGUCACCGUGUCAGGGUCAUGCCCUACUCCACCUUCCGUCUGAAUCUGUCGGUCACGUCUCCGUACAAUGCGGAUUUCGACGGUGACGAGAUGAACUUGCACGUCCCGCAGACUGAAGAGACGCGUGCCGAGGUCCAGAACCUGUGUCUGGUUCCCUUGAACAUUGUGUCACCACAGCGUAACUCCCCGUUGAUGGGUAUCGUCCAGGACUCGUUGGCUGGCGCCUACAAGAUCUGUCGUCGUGAUGUCUUCCUCACGAAGGAGCAGGUGAUGAAUCUCAUGCUCUGGGUCGAAGACUGGGAUGGCAUCAUACCAAUUCCCGCCAUCCUCAAGCCAACGCCGCGGUGGACUGGCAAGCAGAUCAUCAGUAUGAUCAUACCUAAGGAAGUAAGCCUUUCCAUGGGUGGAAACGACUUCCCCCUCAAUGACGAUACCCAGAGGAUUGUCAAUGGCGAGCUUGUCUACGGUCUCCUUAACAAGAAGAUUGUUGGCGCUUCUGCCGGCGGCAUCAUCCAUAUUGCCUACAACGAGCUCGGCCCCAAGGCGGCCAUGCACUUCCUCAACGCCUGCCAGCGAGUGGUUGCUUACUGGCUUCUGCACAACGGACACAGUAUCGGCAUCGGUGAUACGAUCCCCGACAAGGAUACUAUCUUGAAGAUUCAACAAGAUAUCAACGGGCAGAAGGACCUUGUGGCUACCAUUGUGGCAGAGGCAACGGCGAACACGCUGGAGCCACUUCCCGGCAUGAGCAUUCGAGAGACAUUCGAGAGCAAGGUCUCCAAGGAGCUGAACACUGCCCGUGACAAGGCAGGUACGACCACAGAGAACUCUCUCAAGGAUCUGAACAAUGCAGUCACCAUGUCUCGCUCUGGUUCCAAGGGUUCCUCGAUCAACAUUUCACAGAUGACCGCCCUCGUCGGUCAACAGGUUGUCGAAGGCAAGCGUAUACCGUUCGGCUUCAAGUACAGAACCUUGCCGCACUUCACCAAGGACGACUACUCUCCUGAGGCUCGUGGAUUCGUCGAGAACUCCUACCUCCGCGGCUUGACUCCCACCGAAUUCUUCUUCCACGCAAUGGCAGGUCGAGAGGGUUUGAUCGAUACAGCAGUCAAGACCGCAGAGACUGGUUACAUCCAGCGCCGACUUGUCAAGGCGCUUGAGGAUGUGACCGCCAAGUACGACGGCACUGUUCGAAACUCGCUGAACGAUAUCAUCCAAUUUGUGUACGGUGAAGACGGUCUCGAUGGUAUGCACAUCGAGAAGCAAAAGGUGGACUUCCUCGACAUCUCGCAUAGCAAGUUUGACGCCAGAUACAAGGUCGAUCUGGAUGACGCCAAGGGAUUGAGCGCCAAUCUCGAGAACGGCAAGUUGCUCAUCAGUGAUCAUGAUGAACAGAAACUGCUUGAUGCCGAGUAUGAGCAACUAGUCACCGAUCGCGACUCCAUUCGCAGGGUUUUCCUCAGCAAGGGCAAGAUUGAAACCCAGAUGCAAUUGCCGCUGAACAUUGAGAGAAUGAUCAACAGCGCCAUAGCAUUUUUCAGGAUUGACCCGACAAAGCGGAGCGACCUGCGUCCUCGCGAUGUUGUUCCCGCCGUCCAGGCCCUCUUGGCACGCAUGGUGGUAGUCCGAGGUGACGACCCGAUCUCCAAGGAGGCUGAUGAGAGCGCGACCAUACUUUUCAAGGCCCAGCUUCGAUCGCGUCUGGCCUUCAAACGCCUGGCCAUGGAGCAGCGCAUCACCCGCCUGGCCUUCGAACAUAUCCUUGGCGAGCUGGACAGCCGAUGGUCCCGAUCCAUGGUCAGCCCUGGCGAGAUGGUUGGUGUGCUUGCUGCCCAGUCCAUCGGCGAGCCCGCCACGCAGAUGACGUUAAACACCUUCCACUUCACUGGUGUUGCCUCGAAGAACGUCACUCUUGGUGUGCCUCGUCUCAAGGAAAUCCUGAACGUCGCGAGCGACAUUAAGACGCCUAGUAUGCAAGUCUACUUGGAGCCCGGCGAACACGGUCAGGACUCAGCCAAGACGCUGCGAAGCUUGGUGGAGCACACAAACCUGCGUGCAGUGACACAGAUGACCGAAAUCUUCUACGAUCCCGAUGUUACGUCUACACUGGUCGAGGAUGAUUAUGAUAUGAUAGAAUCAUAUUAUCUCAUCCCAGAAGGCCAGCAAGACGUUGAUCGCCAGACUAAGUGGGUGCUGCGUAUCACAUUGGACCGGCAGAAGAUGCUCGACAAGGAGCUCCAGGUCGAAGACGUUGCCGUGCGUCUCAAGGAAGAGUAUGCCGAUGACCUGGCGGUCAUCUACAGCGACAACAACGCCGAGGAGCAAAUCAUACGUAUCCGCUCCAUGAAGGAGAAGGAUGAUGCCGACGAGUAUGAUGAAGACAUGGAAGAGGAUGUCAUGCUCAAGCGCCUCGAGGGUCAUCUGCUGGACAAGCUCACCUUGCGCGGUGUUCCGGGCAUCGAGCGCGCGUUCAUCAACAAAUCUGCACGCCUUAUCGAAGCGGCUGACGGGUCGCUGAAGGCCAGCGCGGACGACCCAGAAUGUGAGGAGUAUUUCCUUGACACCUCGGGCACGAGUCUUCGCCAGGUUCUUGCAGUCCCAGGUGUCGAUACCAGACGGACCAGCACCAACCAGCUGCAUCAGAUCAUCGAGGUAUUUGGCAUUGAGGCGGCACGGUCUGCUCUGCUCAGCGAGCUGACGGCCGUGUUGGCUUUUGAUGGAUCUUAUGUGAACCACCGUCAUCUUGCACUACUGGUAGACGUCAUGACCUACCGGGGCAGCAUCGCCGCUGUCACCCGUCACGGCAUCAACCGCGCCGACACAGGUGCUCUCAUGCGUUGUUCCUUCGAGGAGACGGUUGAGAUUCUUCUCGAGGCCGCGGCUACAGGCGAGCUGGAUGACUGUCGCGGUAUCUCGGAGAACGUCAUGCUCGGUCAGUUGGCCCCUAUGGGUACUGGUCACUUCGAGGUGCAGCUCGACCCCAAGAUGCUCGAGACGGUCAUUUCCGACAACUCGCGCAUGGGUCUCAUGCCAGGUAUGACCGUUAAGGAUGGCCCCAUGGACGGCGCAGCCACUCCGUACGACAGCGGAUCUCCCAUGGCAGAAUCAGGUGGCUUCCUCGGCCUCUCAUCCCCUGCACUUGGUAACUUCUCCCCUAUUGUGGGAGCAGGCUCGGAGAGCCCUGCGAGCGGAGGCUUCAGCACGUAUGGCGGCGGCUUUGGUGACUCAAACUACAACCCGACGAGCCCGAGAGCGACAUCUCCGUUCAGCCACGGCACCUCGCCCACUUCGCCAUUUGGCUUUAGUGGAGGCUACUCUCCCACAUCUCCGAUGGGUGCGUACUCUCCUACUUCGCCCAUGAUCGAUGGUGGCAGUCGCUACGGAGUCAGCUCUCCCUCCUUCAGCCCGGCGUCGCCCACAUUCUCGCCGACCUCACCUAUGCUCCGAGGCCCCACGAGCCCUGCAAGCCCCAACUACAGCCCGACGUCACCAAGCUACUCUCCGACGUCGCCAUCGGCUGCCAGGUACUCGCCAACUUCUCCAGCUGGGAACUAUGGCGCCUCGCCCACGUCGCCUUCAUACUCGCCUGCGAGUCCCAACUACAGCCCUACGUCGCCUAACUUGCACGCGACGUCACCGCAGUAUUCUCCUGCGUCCCCGACCUUCUCACCCACGUCGCCUGACGCCUACUCUCCCACGAGUCCGACGUACCAGCGCUCGCCUGGUCAGAAUCUGUCUCCGACCAGCCCGAGCUAUUCACCGACGUCCCCCAACUACUCGCCUCGGACUCCUGGGCGUACUGGUAAUCAGGACCAAUACUCCCCUACCUCCCCCUCGAACAAUUGAUUGGGCAUGUGAAAUGGAUUGAAUACUGCACAUACCACGGAAGGCUCGGAAAGGGGUCAAACUCACAGUUCUCCCCUUCUCCACCAUCCCCCGAUGUCAACUGGAAAGAAAAAAGAAAGAAAAAGACAAAAUAAACAAGGAAAGGAGGGUCGAUGAAAAUGCUUUGAACCAGGCUAAACAGGUUCCGGACUGCGCAUUGUUAGAUUGGUGGCGGUGUGUGGCAAUCAUUUUUCCUAGACGAGGAUCACAUUGAAAAGGGCACCAGAUUGUCCCAAAUGCUAACCUCCAAGAUGAAGAAGAUUUGACGAGCAAGGGCAACUACAAGAGAACGAACAAAACAAAAAAGAUACCAAACAAAUUAAUGGUCGUACCAAAUACACGUCGGGGAGACUUUUCAUGCUGGCUGCUUGGUGUUGUUUUCUUCCCGUUUUGUUUCUUUGUUACUUGAGAGGAAGUGGGCCAGAACAGGCACAGUGACACAGAUUGAAACGCAGAUUGACACGGUGGAAAAGAGAGACAGCCAUGGUUGGCGAGGCAGGCUUGAGGCUUGAGACGAAAUGAAAUGGGAAUUGGUGCAUAGUCGGCAGCUACUUUUUUACCAUAGCCUCCAAUAUGAUCACUGUGAUGAGAUC